AUGCGAAUCGCGUUGCUGCACACUUCAGUGGUCGUGUUGAAUAAGUUGGUAGGACUUAAAGCUAGACUUUUGAAGAAUACUGGAAGAGCCAUUUAAAAGAGUGGUUCAAUGUUGUAUUAGUUGGGCUGGCUAAUGGAGAUCUAUGGGGACAGAGGAGGUAAUGCAACCAUUCCCAGCUUACGUGUAGUAUUAAAACUAAUGAAGUCGAACAAGUUUUGUAUUUCAAUUGAUACUUCAUAUUGGUUGCUUUUUUCUAUUUGGUAAAUAUGUUAACAUUUUGAAUACCCCUGCAGCCAAAAUGAAAACUCUACAAACCUUCUUCAAAUUGUGAUCAUAAUCUGGUUGGUUUCUUUAAUGACCCAACCUCGUAGGGGGCAUUUGAAUUUGGUCACGGAAAAUUUGAUCGAUG